GUGACAGCGAAAGUCGAGGAUGCUGCCUUGUUGAUGUGGAGAGUCUCGCGGUUUUUCCUGCCUCGCCAAGUCCGGGAAAUAGAGACAACGACCAGGAGCCGCCCAGAACGCAUGCAGUGGCACUGCAAAGAGAUCGACGGUUCCGGACGUUUUUCCUACUCAGCGCCGAGAAUGCUGGCGGCUGCUGCAGACGCGAAUGCCCUCUCGGCGGCGGCGACAAAGAGCCGCGCGGUGGCGGCUGCUGCUGAGGAAGAGAGGACGACGGCAGCAGAGCUCUUGCCCAUCUCUUCGUCUGGAGGCGUUUCCCCGAGCUCUGCGAAUGCGGCCUUGAGAGAGGCGCAGCGUUCUGCGGGAGAUGCUGCAGAGGACGCGGUUCUCGAGGAGACGAACGACGCGAGGGAAGUCGAGGAGAACGGAGCGUCUGAAGCGGAGAGCGGCUGCAGACGAGCGACGCUGCUCAAGAGAAUUCUCCGCGACACGGCGCCGCGUAUCCUCGUCGUCGCCGGCCCGAGCGGAGUCGGAAAAGGAACUCUCGUCAAACGGAUUUUCGCCAAGUGGCCGCAGGCGUUCGGCUUCAGCAUCAGCCACACAUCUCGCCAGCCUCGCCCUGGUGAGACGCACGGCAAGGAAUAUUUUUUCUGUUCUCGCGAGGAGUUCGAGAAGUUGAAGAAGGAAGGUCACUUUGUGGAGUCUGCAGAGUUCUCUGGAAACUGCUACGGCACCUCUUUCGCCGCCGUCGACAACGUUCGACGCGGAGAACGGAUCUGUCUCCUCGAGAUCGACAUGGCUGGCGUCUUGCAAAUUCAGUCCACUCCUCUCGCUCAGGAAGCCAACUUUGUCUUCAUUCAACCUCCCUCGAUCGAAGAAUUGAAGGCCCGACUUCGCGGACGACGCACAGAAAACGAAGAACAUAUUGCGAAGAGGCUGGCAGCGGCGCAGCGCGAAUUAGCGUUAGCGAAAGAAACACACUUUGAUUUUUAUCUCACGAAUGACAACCUGGAGGACGCGUGGCAGAAACUCGAGGCUCAGCUUGUCCAGUGGUACGGACCUGUCUUUAAAAAAGCAGCCGGACCUGGAGAGAAGAGGAGCAGACUGAGUGAAGAGGAAACGAAGGCAGAGGAGGCGAAGACAGAGGAGGCGAAGGCAGAGGAGGCGAAGGCAGAGGAGGCGAAGGUGGAGGAGACGAAGGUCGAGGGGAACGCAGGAGAGUAGCAGGAGACUGAGGAGGGAAAUGGAGAGGAAACGAGGAAGCAGGGUGCCGUGGGGUGGCAAGGAGAAGAGAGAGAAAGAGAGCAGGCAGUGGAGACGAAGGACGCGACGAAAAUAAAUGCCGACAUUGUUCUCCCAACAAGCCGGCGAACUGCAGAUCCCGCGAGAAUCCGUUUGACCAGCGUGUGCCAAACGAAGUCAGUGGCGCAAGGAACAGGAGCGCAGCGAAGACAGAGACGUUGGAGUGUUUGCGAGAGAGUGUAGGAGAAGGAAGAAGACACGAGAAGUCCGCAUGGACAUUCUUGAGUCGGUAGGUGCCUCUGCAGAGAGUUGUUGACAUUUUGUUUGACUGAGGCGACGAGGAAGGGGAGAAGGUGGGGAGAGAGGGGACGGGGGCAGGACAAAGGAAAAGAGUGCGAGAGAAGCUUGCAUUGCAGCGUUGUCUAGGUUUUGCCGUCGAGACACCGGCGAAAGAAGAGGGAACAGUUUGAAGAUAGCAGCGCCUCAAAGGAACCGCCGGUGUGUCUUGGUGCAGACUUCAAAGUGUAUAGAAGGCGCCAAUUUCUCGAAACUAAGUCGACAGGUAUUUGCACGUGUGUUCACACGCGCGCGUUCGUGGUGUCCAUUUAUAUCGGUGUACGUAUCUGUUUCAGUGCAUGCACCGGCCUCGGUAUAAUAAGAUGAAUCCUUCGAUCCCAUGCAGAGACGGUGGAGUUCAGGUUUCAUGCUUUUUCUGUACCUUUCUCGGUGCCUCAUCUCCUUUUUCGGGGAGGCCGAGCGACGGAGCUGAAAAGCUACACAAGUUCUUUGAAUUUGUCUUCGGUUGUGCCAGAGACAGAAAAUCGCUUUGAUUUCAUUCGAAGUCUGGGGGCAGUCAGGGGGGCUUGUGCAUCUUUCUCUGCCUCCGCACUCCAUUUUGAGUGCGCUCGUGGGAUGAAAUGCUUCUUUUUCUUUCCUGACCUUCCUUGACCUCAGACGCUUCUUUGUUGAGACUACCUCGCAAUAGACUGGCGCGUCUCUCCUUCACAUGCACUGCCUUGUGGCUCGGGUUGGAGUGGACUGAGAACCCCAAUUAGGCACGGCAUUUUAGCGGAAAAAACAGGAUAUAUGAGACACACAAACACUGGGAAUUGGUUGCAUGUCUGAAGACAGAUGCGUUCACAACUCUGCAAGCAAGAUGGAAACAAUUAGAGGUCGAC